AUGUCUUCAUCAAAUACUAAAAAAACUAUAGCGGGAGAAGAUUCAGAUAUUUUAGAAUUUUUGAAUCGUAAAUUAGCAAAUUUAUCUGUAUCUCCUAAUGAUGAUAAUGUCGAUAUGUCGGAAACUAAUGAUGGUUUACCUGUUUGUGAUACAUCUGACUUGCUGCCAAGAUAUUCACAAGCUAUUAUUGCAGCUGUUUACUCUAAAAUUCCUUCUUUUCGUCUUGCUGCAAUUACAAGACUUCGAAAAUAUCUUUCUUUUCAAAAAGUUGAUCAAAGGGUUGAAAAUGUUCUUGAUUUAGAUAUAGUACCUUUGCUCAUCGAAUUUCUUGAAGAUCAUAAUGAUAAUAUGUUACAGUAUGAAACAGCUUGGAUUAUCACAAAUAUAGCUGCUGGUUCUACACGACAGAUUCAAGUAAUAGUUUCAGCCGGUGUUAUACAACAUCUUGUUGAUGUUUUAACAAAAUCAAAUAAAAUGGAAGUGCAAUCACAGAUUAUAUGGGCUUUGGGAAAUAUAGCAGGAGAUAGAUCAACGUUCAGGGAUAUUAUUUUAUCAACCGGUGUACUUGAUACAUUUAUUUAUUUGUUGAAGAAUUAUGGUCGAUACAAUUAUAUGAUUGUUAGGAUAACUGUUUGGGCCGCUGCAAAUCUUUGUCGUGCUUGUUCUUCUGCAUAUGAUUCUUGUUGGGCAAUGUCUAGAAUAUUGAAUGGUACUCAUCGCCAAGAUUGUAAUUUGAUAGUUGAUAAUAAAUUAUGUCGUCGUCUAGUUGAGAUACUAAACAAAAAAAAUUAUGAUUCUUCAAUUCAUUUGCCUGUUCUACGUACUAUAGUUAACAUUACAUCCGGAACAGAAAAACAAACACAAUCGGUAAUAGAUGCAGGUGCAUUAACUACAUUAGCAAAUUUGUUUUUAACAGGCAAAAAUACAACAUUAAGGCGUUAUGCUUGUCUUGCCAUUUCAAAUAUAGCCGCUGGUACUUUUUGUCAGGUAGAAGCCGUUCUUAAAGAACCAAGUCUAAUUGAUCAUAUUGUCAUGUUACUUUGGGAUAGUGAUAUAAGAGUUGUGAAAGAAGCAUGUUGGGUACUUAGCAACGUUACAAGAUUACAUGAUCCUGGUCACACAAAUUUUAUUUUACAAUAUGAUAUACUUGCUCCACUUUUACCAAUUUUAAAAAAUUUAUCAACACCCGAGGAAUUUCUGCAUAAAGUUAUUGAACUAUUUGUUAAUAUAUUAUCAGUCGGUGAUAUGUGCAGGUCAUCACAAACAACAAUUUCACAAAAUCCUUAUGCAAAGCAAUUUAUUGAUGUUGGUAUAGUUGAUGCUCUUAUGAUUGUUUUCAAUAAUCUUAAUGAUUGUGUGGAGGAGGAUCUGUCUUAUUUUACUAAUAUUAAUUAUAAUAGCUAUUUACAAGAGGAUGUUUUAUAUUUAUUGUUUUAUGGUCCUUUAAAUGAAAAAGUUUAUUUAUUAUUGGAAAAAUGGUUUUAUGGUCAUUUACACGGAAAUGAUAAUAGUGGUAGUAGCGGUGCUACUGCUACUAGCAGUAAAAAAGUUGACAAUGUGGAUAAUUCCAAUGAUGAUGUUGACGCAGAAAUUUCUAAUAUAGAAGAAUAUGUUAAGAGAUUAUCUCUCAUGGAAGGUGUAGAUGUUUUCUAA